UUCAUGUUUCCUAAGCAAGUGUCAUCAUCAAUCAGCAUUAGUUAACUAGCAUCGUGGGCCGGUGGGCCUCCUGAACCCCCGCAGACAAACCCCCCACAGGGUAACACGGUCCGUUCGGCUGAAGUGUAGGCUGAUCCCUCGUUGCCUCGACGCAGCAGUAUACCAGGAAUAUUAUAAGUAGCUCCGGAUUGCCGCACUGCAGUCGGUGCUACCUGAUUAUACCCUUUGACUCCGUGUCCCUGCAUAAACCUAUUUUUGCAACCGACCCGUGAAUUGUCUUCUCUUGAAAAGGCGCCACCUCCCUUUCUAGUAUCUAGAAACCCAACACCAUAUCCAUCCAUCCAUCCACCCAUCUCUUCACACCGUCACAAUGUCUUUUGCCGUUCAGCUCGUCCGCCCAACCAUCCGCCACUUUUCUGUUCACCGUCCUCGGCCGGACUCUCGCACCGCCCGCUUCAUCACCGGUUCCUGUCUGAUCUCUGCGGUGGUGCUGCCGUUCGUACCUCCGGCUCUCGAGAGCUCUCGCGAAAAGAGCAAUGGAUAUCCCAACCAUAAUAAACCACACCCCCCGCUGUGCUUUCAUGCCCGCUAGUCUGUAUAUCCGAUCGGAUAUACCUGAGCGGGGUCGGUUCCGAACGACAACCCCUGGCGAUUAGGAACCGCCUUUUGAAGUUUCCCAUUUUUUU